GAAACCACUUGGUUUAAUGAAGCAAUAGAGCGGACGGAAACCCUAAAACAGAGGAUUCAUCGUCAUCCCUAAUUGAGGGUUUUGAGUUCAGGUAUCUUAUCGGCGGUGGAAUUCGGUGGCAUGGGGAGAGAAUUGCAGAAGCAGCCACAGCAAGAGAUGGCGUCCGCGGUGGAGCAGUUGCUCGCUGUGAAUCCUUACAAUCCCGACAUCCUUCCCGAUCUCGAAAACUACGUAAACGAGCAGGUCUCGUCAGAAACGUACAGCUUAGAUGCUAAUCUAUGCCUUCUUCGCCUCUACCAGUUUGAGCCAGAGAGAAUGAGUACCCAAAUUGUGGCUCGCAUCCUGGUCAAGGCUUUGAUGGCAAUGCCAGCUCCAGAUUUCAGCCUUUGUCUCUUUUUAAUUCCAGAACGAGUGCAAAUGGAGGAUCAAUUCAAGACUUUGAUUAUACUUUCCCACUAUUUGGAGACUGGAAAGUUUCGUCAAUUCUGGGAUGAAGCUUCCAAGAACCGUCACAUAGUUGAAGCCGUGCCAGGUUUCGAGAAAGCAAUUCAAGCUUAUGCAGUCCAUGUUCUUUCCUUAACUUAUCAAAAGGUUCCUAGAUCUGUGCUUGCGGAGGCAAUCAACAUUGAGGGACUGUCUUUGGACAAAUUUCUUGAGCACCAAGUUGCAAACUCUGGUUGGAUUCUUGAGAAAGGUCAUGGAAAGGGCCAACUUAUUGUUAUACCACCAAACGAAUUCAACCAUCCUGAACUGAAGAAGAAAUCCUCCGACAGCAUUCCCUUGGAACACAUCACUCGCAUCUUCCCAAUUCUUGGCUAACUAACCCGCUCGGCUCACCGGUAACUAAUGUCGUUACUUCUAUUCAGUUCGUAUCUGUUCCCGACGUUUAUUUUUUGGGACUACUGUGAAGUAUUGUCCAAUUUUCCAACUAUGCCGUAGAAAGAAGAGAUUAUUACCCCUUUAAGGCAGUUAAGAGUCUGAUGUUUAUAUUUGUACACUUCAAUCAUGCCAUUUCAUAAUGGCCAUAAGGUCAUGAUAAGUGUUUUGCUUGAAUUUUU